CCCACUAUUUUUAGUCCCUUUGAUUACCUAAGCAUAAUCCACUCCUCCUCUUUUGACCCUUUUCACUUUUCCCACAUAUACAUACAUACAUACAUACACAUGUCCUGUAUCUACACCCUUCACAUACCUAUAUGCAAAAAAGAGACUUAAUUUCCCAUUAAAGAGGGAACUAAACCACUGCCAUUUAAACGCUUUUUAGAGAGAGAAAGUCAUGCUUCUUCUGUUGUUAUUGUUCUGAUAAGCAAACAAAUUUAAAGUGCAUGACCAUUCUACCUCAAUAGCUUUUCUAACCUACUAUCUUCUCAGAAAUUAAAUAAAAAGGGUCAAAGAUUGCAUCAUUUUGGUUUUCUUUUUCCUGUGAUUAUUAUGGCUGUUCAAGCACAGUUUUUCUCUGAUCCUCCUUAUCAGAAUUAUUAUUAUAACAACAACAACAACAACAACAACAUGGGCUUCUCUCAAGACUGGCCCUUUAUGUCUGGAUUUGGGGAUCACAACAACAAACCCAUCUCUUCUUCUUCUCUUUCUCAAUAUCAACAACAACAAGAUCAAACAUUUCAAGAUUCUCAAAAGAUUAUGAAUUCUCAUCAUAAUCUUGUUUCAUCUUCAAUCUCUAGGAUGAAUGGUUUUCAGGGUUUGUCUUCUGAGCUUGAGAGGCAGAGGUUAGAGAUGGACUAUUUUCUUCAUUUUCAGAAUGAGAAACUAAAGGCUGUAUUAAACGAAGAAACAAGAAAAAGAGAGAUGAUCAUGAUGCACAAUUACGAAUCAAAGAUGAAGGCAAUACUAGAUACAAAAGAAGAAGCUUUAAACACAGCAAAAAUGAGAACGAAAGAGCUUCAAAACUAUCUAUCAAUGGCUGAAAAAGAAGCCAACAAUUGGGAAAGAAAAGCAAUGGAGACUGAGGUCAUGAUGACAGAACUCCACACAAAGCUAAAACAGGCAAGAGCAAGAAGCCAUGAAGAUGCGGAAUCAGUAUGUGGAGGAGGUAAUGAUGAUCAUGAAGAAGAAGAGCAAGAAAGACAAAAGAGGAUGGUGUGCAAGGUGUGUCACGUGAGAAGGUCGUGCGUGCUAAUGUUGCCUUGCAGGCAUCUCUGUUGCUGCAGUGGUUGUGAAGGUCUACUGAUGUUUUGUCCUGUUUGUGAAAGUGUAAAAAACGGAAGCUUGGAGGUUUUCUUUGGGCUAGGAGGGUAGAAUGGUCAGAAAGAAAGAAAGAAAGGAAAAAGUUAAAAAAUGGGGUUGGGGGUUGUUUCUUUUCUGGGAUCUUUGUUAUCAAAAAGAUUUUUUUGGCAGUACUAUUAGUGGUAAAGAUCCAAAAUGGUUAUGGCUAUGAUGGGAAAAUGUAAAAAAAACAAAAAACAAAAUUGGUGUUUGUAAAGAAUCUUUAUUGUGUUGUUACCUUGACCCCCUCUA